AUGGGAGGUGUCAGCCAUCCUUCUGCUUCGGCUACUGGCGGGCCCGAUGGCGUGGGACCAGCCAGGAAGCGCACUGUUGCCAUGGCGGGGUUAGACAGCUCUCCUGGCAGCGUGGAUGACGUGGAAGAGAACGACCUUCGUGAGGAGAAGAAAAGGCAGCCUGUGAAGCGUGCCUGCAACGAAUGUCGUCAGCAAAAGUUGCGCUGCGAUGUAGUUCAGGACCCAUGGAUGGACUGCUCUCGUUGUCGACGCUUAAAACUUGACUGCAAAAUCGAAUCCAACUUCAAGAGAGUCGGGAAACGCAGUCGCAAUGCGGAGAUGGAAAGAGAGAUCAUCGAGCUGAGGAAGCAGAUUGCCAGCGUCCAGGCCAAUGCUGCCACGUCCAUGCCCCAACAACAACCACCGUCUAUACAAUCUACUCAGCAUACUCCCAAACAGGAACACUCGAGCCAUGUCAGUCCAGCUGGCGUUUAUCACACGCCCUCUGGCAUGUCUUCCGAUCAGUAUAUGGGCUCUCACGAAGCAGUCGCAUCGCUUUUGGACCUACGUUCGGGCUUCGAUGGUUCUAACUAUAUGAGAAAUGGGAGUCAACACUUCAAGCGGAUAGAAGAUGUUGUUGUCGUGCCGGAGAGGGUGACAGAAUUGUUUGAUCUGUACUUUACUUUUUAUCACCCUUUUCUUCCGUUCCUUGAACGAGGGCAGUCGCCUGAUGAAUAUUAUAAUACAUCACCCUUACUGUUCUGGACUAUUAUUAGCGUUGGGGCACGGCGUUAUCAGCCCGAUACGCACCUUCUGAACUCUCUCGCAGGCCCCGUUUCGCGACUGGUAUGGAGUACGCUGGCAGACAUCCCACAAAGCUAUCAUGUCGUGAAAGCUCUCUGCCUGCUUUGUACAUGGCCAUUCCCUACGAGCAGUACUUCUACCGAUCCCACCUUUAUGCUCUGUGGAAUGAUGAUGCAGGUGGCCAUGCAGCUCGGUCUACACCGCCCGUCAUAUGCUCAGGAUUUCAGUAAAUUCAGGGUGGAGCUUAUCGAGGAAGAACUGAAAGAUAAAGUGAGGACGUGGGCGAUCUGUAAUAUUGUUGCGCAACGGGUUGCGACCGGGUACGGUCAGCCACCGUCCACUUUGUAUGACUGGACACUGUCGAGCGAGUCACUGGAUCCAAACUACAAGUUGCCUGAAGGUAUCCGUGCGCGCCUUCAGAUCGAAAAGUUCUGUGACCAGGUCACCAGAGCACUCUAUACCAACCACCGGGACCCUGUUGGGCUGUGUAAUGACCAGGAACGAUCGACGCUGAUCUCAUUUUUCUCUCGGGAUUUCGAUGAACUCGAGUCGCAGCUGAAGGCUCAGAAUGAUUGCAUUACCGACCUUUAUCUUCGCGCGGCGAACCUGCACCUACAUCUGUCGGUCUUUUUCGACGACACUUCUGAGAAGGACUACCGUGAUCGGCUUCUUUCUUUGUAUGUCGCAACCAGAACAUUUCUGGAGGCUGCUAUGAACUUGGAAACGGAGGUUGGGCCGGUACUCUCCUACACGCCGUAUUACAUCUAUCAGAUGAUGGUGGCAGCAGGUUGUACGCUGCUAAAGCUCGGCACGAGCUUUUUUGCCGCUCACAUAAAUAUGGAUUAUACCAAGGCUCUUUUCAACCGGACCAUUUGGGCUAUCCGGGGAGUAUCUGUGUCAAGUAAUGACCUCCCAGAGCGGCUGGCCGAAGUUUUAGCCCAGAUGUGGAGGCUGCAGAGUACACCAUCCCCCAAGCCGACCACCGAAAGUUCCGAGAUGGACGAUUCCUUGAUGCUGAAAGUCCGGUGUCGCAUGAGUAUGUCACUUCUUUUCGACUCGGUAUGGCGAUGGCGAGAAGACGCGCGGACGAAAGAUCGAAACCUCGAAGCCUAUCUUAAGAACCCGACCAACCCAGAUUCUAACGCUGAAUCUUCUGCAGCGUCAUCCGUUGGAGCUGCACACACCUCUAACUCGACUCCUGGUAUUGGUGGAGAUCCUAGCCUGGCACCUGCUCCCAUUCUUCCGCAAGCCACGCUGGGCGUUCAGUCUGGUAGCAGUGUUCCGGGACUACCAAGUGGACUGAUGGAGCCCAACUACGAAGUGUUUGACCCAUUGAAUUGGCUGCUGGAUGGUCUGGUCGACUUGCCAUACUCAUAUUCAACGAUUUCCGGGAUGGAGGCUCAAGGUAUCGCAUAG